GCCGCAUCGCGAAGCUCUAUUUGGUUCUUUUCUCGCGUUAAUGAUGGCUGAUUUUUGCCCGGUGCCGAAUCCAGACGUUCAUGGGGACUUUUUGCAGAAAGUCGUCGAUUUGCUGUUUAAAAAUGUCGUGUUUACCACCAGGCGGGACAAAGUGCUGCUGUGGAAAACUCCAGAGGAGCUUCAAGGGGAAUUUGACUUUACGCUACCGCAAGCGGGCGAUAGUCAGGAUAAAUUGCUGCAGAUCAUGAAAAACACUGUUAAAUUCAGCGUGAAGACUGGACAUCCAUAUUUUAUCAACCAGCUGUUCUCUGGGCUGGAUCCCUAUGGAUUGGCAGGCCAAUGGCUGACCGACGCUUUGAAUGCGAGCGUUUACACUUACGAAGUGGCUCCCGUAUUCACUUUGAUGGAACAGCACGUAAUCAAGGAGGUCUGCAAGAUGGUGGGACCUCAGUGGAGUGACGGCAUUUUCUGUCCCGGAGGCUCAUUCGGCAAUGGGACGGCUAUGAAUCUGGCCCGAUUUCACAAGUUUCCCCAAGCCAAACUCAAAGGCUGCAAUAUUCUACCCAGAAUGGUGGUGCUGGCCUCAGAAGAAUGCCACUAUUCCACCUAUAAGUUUGCGGCCUUUUUGGGCAUGGGCGAGGACAAUGUGUGGCCACUGAAAACAGACGAUGUUGGACAGAUUGUGCCAGAGAAAGUGGAAGAAGCCAUCCAGGCAGUUCUGCUGGAAGGGGCGGUGCCCUUGAUGGUGGUGGCUACUUUAGGUACAACAGUGCGAGGUGCUUUCGAUCCGAUUCACGCUAUUGCCACCAUAUGCAAGAAGUAUGAGAUCUGGCUGCACGUGGACGCUGCUUGGGGUGGAGGACUGUUAUUUUCACAAAAACACAGAGCGAAAUUGAAUGGAAUAGAGGCAGCCAACUCAAUAGUCAUCAAUCCUCAUAAGUUGCUGGCCGUGCCCCAACAAUGUUCGAUGUUGCUCGUGACCCAUCCGGACAUCCUGCAUCGAUGUCAUUCAAGAGGGGCCGAAUAUCUAUUCCAGAAAGAUAAAUAUUAUGACGCCAGCUAUGACUUAGGCGAUAGAUAUCUGCAGUGCGGCCGAAAAUGUGAUGUCUUCAAGUUCUGGAUCAUGUGGAGGGCCAAGGGUUCAUGCGGAUUUGCCAAGCACAUUGACACGCUGAUGGAUCUGGCGGAAUAUUUCGAGCAGCAAGUUAACGCCAGGCCGGAUUUCGUGCUAGUCUCAAAGCGUCAAUACGUGAAUGUUUGCUUUUGGUAUUUGCCCAGAUAUUUGCGGGGGAAACUCAAUAUUUCCGACUACAACGCCCAACUACAAAAGGUUGCACCCCAAAUCAAAGCCGUAAUGGUGAAGCAUGGCUCAGUAAUGCUGAACUACCAACCGCUGAAAACGCUGCCCAAUUUCUUCAGAUUUGUGUCGCAAAAUUCGGCGCUCACUAAAAAGGAUGCCGAUUUCAUUUUGGAUCAUAUUGCUGAAAUUGGCGACGCUCUUUUUCCGUAGGAUUUUCAAGUUAUUUACUAUUAGAUCUAGGAAUAAUUAAAAUAAAAUUGCUUUGCUGAUU